GAAUGUAAACUUCUAUUGACUGAACCACCUCUGAAUCCGAGUAGUAAUCGAGAGAGACUAUUUCAAGUGAUGUUCGAACAGUAUGGCUUCCAUUCUAUACAUGUGGCAGUACAGGUAAGCAGCAUUGUUAUUGAUUCGUUUACUUUUUUAUACAUUUUUUCUCUCUCUUUCGAUAUCCGGCUUAUCGCAGUGCGAAAGGCUGUGCUGACUUUAUAUGCUCAAGGUCUUCUUACCGGUGUCGUGGUUGAUUCUGGUGAUGGAGUGACACAUAUCUGCCCAGUAUAUCAGGGAUAUGCACUUCAUCACUUAACACGAAGGCUGGAUAUUGCAGGGCGAGACAUCACCCGCUACUUGAUCAAGCUACUGUUGCUGCGGGGUUACAAUUUCAAUCACUCAGCUGAUUUUGAAACAGUACGAUUGAUGAAGGAAAAAUUGUGCUAUGUGGCUUACGAUGUCGAACAAGAGCAGAAGUUAGCAUUGGAGACAACAGUGCUGUCACAGACUUAUACAAUUUUGGGCUCAUCGUCCGAGUCCCAGUCCCACUUUUUGCUUUUUUCAUUGAUUACAUCUAAAAUUUUGCAAUUGCAUCUGGCAUGA